ACAGCUGCCAGAGGAGCGCAGGGCGGCGGGAGCGCACCGCGGGGACCCAGCCGAGGCCAGGGCCGCCAGGGAGGCGGGCAGAGCAAAGGCAGCGCCGUGGAGACGCCGGGGGCAGCGGGCCACGCCAGGCAGGCGGCCCUUUCCUCGGGGUCCCGCCUGGUACCAGGGCCCCCCUCAGCUGGGGGACUACGCCUGGAAGCUGUCAUGGAGGCCCUGCAGAAGCAGCAGGCAGCUCGACUGGCCCAGGGGGUGGGGCCAUUGGCCCCUGCACGCUCGCUGCUGCCACCCGGGCCUCCCCUGCCUGACCACCGGACCCUACAGGCCCCUGAGGGGGCCUUGGGGGAGGUUGGGGCUGAGGAAGAGGAAGAUGCUGAAGAAGAUGAGGAGGAGGGGGAGGAAGCCAGGGCAGAGGAGGAGGCAGCUGAGGAGAGCCAUCCAGGAGCCCAGGGCCCCAGCUCACCUUCUAGCCAGCCCCCUGGACUCCAUCCCCACGAGUGGACCUACGAGGAACAAUUCAAGCAGCUGUAUGAGCUCGAUGCAGACCCCAAGAGGAAGGAAUUCCUGGAUGACCUGUUUAGCUUCAUGCAAAAGAGGGGGACGCCAGUGAACCGCGUGCCCAUCAUGGCGAAGCAGGUGCUGGACCUGUACGCUCUGUUUCGUCUGGUGACCGCCAAGGGCGGCCUGGUGGAAGUCAUCAACCGCAAAGUGUGGCGGGAAGUCACGCGCGGCCUCAGCCUACCCACCACCAUCACCUCGGCCGCCUUCACUCUACGCACCCAGUACAUGAAGUACCUGUACCCGUACGAGUGCGCGACUCGAGCACUCAGCUCCCCAGGGGAGCUCCAGGCCGCCAUAGACAGCAAUCGGCGCGAAGGCCGUCGCCAGGCUUACACCGCUACUCCGCUCUUCGGCUUGGCAGGGCCGCCCCCUCGGGGCGCUCUGGGCCCAGCCUUGGGUCCGGGCCCCGCCCCUCGGGCGACCCCAUCCAGCCCCGGCCCCGCCCAGGGUUCCGCCUCCGGCGUGCCAGCGCACGCAUGCGCUCAUUUGAGUCCAAGCCCUAUUAAGAAAGAGGAGAGUGGAAUUCCAACCCCUUGCCUGGCACUGCCUGUGGGCCUGGCAUUGGGACCUACACGGGAGAAACUGGCACCAGAGGAGCCCCCAGAAAAGAGAGCUGUGCUGAUGGGGCCCAUGGACCCACCUCGACCUGGCAUGCCCCCCAGUUUCCCGCCCCAUGGCAAGGUUCCCCUGAGGGAAGAGCGGCUGGAUGGGCCUCUUAAUCUGGCAGGCAGUGGCAUCAGCAGUAUCAACAUGGCUCUAGAGAUCAACGGGGUGGUCUACACUGGUGUCCUCUUUGCCCGCCGCCAGCCUGUGCCAGCUUCCCAGGGUCCAACCAACCCUGCACCCCCACCCUCUACAGGGCCCCCUUCCAGCACCUUCCCCUGAGAGGUCCUACUUGAAACUAAGAGUCCCAGCCCCAUUGCUGAGUGGGGAGGAGCCUCCCUGCUUUGAUUCUUUCCGGCUGCCCACUCUGGGACCCAGCCCUGGGAGGGGACCACACCUCCCAUGCCACAUAGACUUAAAAUCAAAGUUUCUUUUGAUGUUACACCUACCUCACUGUAAAGGGAGGGUACCUCCUCCCCACCCAAUUCCAGCAGCAUCUACUAAAGUGUUCUUCCUCCAGUAACCACCAUCAUCUCCUCAUGUGUCCCUUCUGUCAAUGUCAUCUCUAGAACCCUACCCCAUUGAGUCAGCCUUGCUUCUCUUCAGGAGCCAAGUGAAAGGUUGGGUUGGGGUACUGUGAAAGAGACAUCCCUCAGGUCACAUCUAGACAAUAAAGCUGCGAUCCCUCCCUCUCUGAUGCCUCCUUUCUUGUUUGGGUAUGGGAGGUGGGGAGGAAUGAUGUGGAACAUGGGCUGCCUUGGGCCAGGGGCUUUCAGAGGGGAAGGCAGAAUAGCAAAGUUCUGUGAGAAUAGAAGAGCUCCGUCUCUUGAAUCAGACAACCUGAGUCCAAGUCCCAUUUCUGUCCCUAUAGUGCUGGGUGACCUGGGGCAAGUUACUUAAUCAACUUAACUUUAGAAGACUCCAAAAGUUUAUGGUAACUCAGGGAGCCUCCUAAUGAUGUAUCUAUGGGAAUGGACCUACCCUGGAACACGUGCAAACUCAGGGAAUGGCGUGGGGAAAGCUCUUUGGCACCUGAAAAGCAAAGGUUGUCUUGACAACCAGGCGCUGGAAGCCGGGGAGGGCUGGUACAGAGCCGUUGCCAAGGUAAUCAGCUUUUCACAGCUCCAAGCAGUAAAUUCGGGUACUGAAGGUCUGAAUCAUGGCGUCACUUCCUGC